AUUAAUAAUAAUAUAAUUAAUUUAAUAAUGUAGUGUUUCUGUAGCCACGUGACCCUGACGUUGCAACAUAUACGAUCAAUGCGCCCUAUUACUAACAAUGCAAUCGAAAUAUAAUAUAACUUUCGAUGCAUAAUCAAACUAUCGAUAAUGUCGGAGUUUUUACUAUCUCAUUUUUUAAAUUUAAUGUCGGAGUAAAAUCCGUCAUAAUUUUGGUAACCUAUGAAUCAGAUGGUCGGAGUACCAGAUGUUCGUAACAAUUACUACUUUGUCAAAUGUCGAAGUAUGUAAAUGUCGGAGCAUCAUCAGUUCGUGGCAAAGGUGCUCUCCCGUGUAAAAUCACAGUAGUGUUAUCAUAUCUUGUGAAUCCGAAUCUGCUGUGAUAUUCUAUAUAAUAGUGCUCUAUAACGGCUUAUCAAUUUAAGUAGACUAUUUAAUUUAUUAUCUGUUAACCAUUUGUGUAUCAUAGUAUGAAUCAAAAUAUUAAUUUAGUAGUACUUUAUUAAAUAAAAACAAAUACUAUUUUUUUUACAUAAAAAUGUUUUAAUGAUUCUAUUCAAGUUAUUUUAAGUUCUCUAGUUAUGUACACAUUAAGGAAAUCAGUGACAUCUGUUGUAAAACAUCUUUACAGUAGACGAUCAUUUUUAUCUAAUGCUUACAAAUGUGAAGAGGUAUGGCAGGAACGUUUGAAUUGUUCUAUUCUAAAAAAAGUUGAACCUGAAGCUUUGUAUUACAAGUUAUCAAGCCUAUUAGAAAACGAUGUUAAACAAAUAAAUGCUAUAGAUCUAGAUAUUUUUGCUAAUGCAUUAAAUGACUCAACAUAUUUAGAUGAAUUAGAUGAUCUUACUCAUAAAUUUCGUUUAUCAGCUCAAUCAGGCACUUUACUACAAUCUACACAUCAUGCUGUCAUUCGGUUAUUUUUAAAAUUUAAUAAAAAUGAAUUAAUUAGAAUCCUUAAAGAUAAAUUAAAUUAUGGCAUCUUUCCUGAUGACUAUUUGAACAAUUUAUUAAUGGAUUCUUUUUUAAAAGAAAAUGAUUUUCGGAAUGCAGCAAAAAUUGCAUCUAAUCAAAUGUUACAAGAAGAAUUUAAUAAUGAUAUUAUGAAGAGCAUGUCACUCUAUUCUUGUUUAAAAUAUAUCACUAAUCCUACUGAAUGGGAAGAAGUUAAAGUUACAAAAAAUGAAGAAAUACAAAAUUCUGACGAUGAAGAAGAAACUAGAAUACGUGUUGAUUUUAUAAGGAAUCCUUAUUUUGAUGAUCAUUUUGAUUUAAAUGAAGCUGACCAUUUAAUAGGAAAAACUCUGUUAGCACUUAGCAAAAAUAAUAAUUCUGUCAUGAAAAAUAGUAUUAAAACUAUUGGAUUAGCAUAUUACAAUAAAUGGAAUACAUUAAGUGAUUUCCUGAAAAAAAUUGAGGGCCCUGUUUAUUCUGAAACUGUAGAACUAGGGCUAGCUUCUAUUGACAAACGCAAACCACAAAAUGCUGAAGAAUUGAGUAAUUUAUUAAAAAAAUUAAGACUAAACAAUAGAAGUAUCAUUGAUGAAGCUGAAAAUGCUGUGAAAGAGUCUGUGAAACAAAACGAAGAAAAGGAAAUUCAACUUCAAAAAAAAAUUUAUAAAGAUUGGGAAGUUUUUAGACCUGAAGAAUUAAAUAGGCAACUAGAGCAUAUAAAUAAAAUAAAACGUUUACAAAAAGUUCAAAGCAUUAAAGAAGAGCUUAGAAAUAAAGAACAGGUUUUAUUCUUUUUUGAUAAAGAAUCUAAGUAUGAUCUUAUAAAAGAGGAAAAAAUGAAGAGAAUGAAAAAUAAUGUUACCAAAACAAAGAAUCUGAGAGAAGACUUAACUUAUAUACCUCCAGAAAUCCGCCAACCAGGAUUUAAAAGAGAAUAGUUGAAUAUAAAUGUAAUUGUGAAUAUUCUGUAAAAAUAUAAUUACAAUAAAAAAAAUUGAAUUUGAAUAAAUUAGUUAAAAUUUUUAAUUAAUAAAACAUUUUCGCUUGAUAGUAAAGCUUUCCCAUGUAAAAAAAAUUAAUAGUUAAAACUUUAAUAUCUUUUAAUUCAGAAAAAACAUACAGUGUAAGUUUAUGUAAUACGUUUUUAAUUUUUUGUACAUAUGAGGUGUUAUUGUGUCAAGUAGUAGUUUAGGAUAAGGGUAACCGACCCAAAGUAAUUGGGAUAAAGGCAAUAAACAAGAAGAAAGAAAUCUUAUUCAAAUAAAA